CAUCAACCAAGAAAUCUCACGUACAGUUGAAUCUCCUACUUUUCGUGAUGGAAGUUUUUAUGCAUAAUGUGCCUGGAGAUCUGACAGACAAGAGCCUCGCCAUCCAACUAAGGCCAGUGAUGGAAGCUCUGAAUAUCCGGGACUGGAGGUGCGAAAAGGUGAGGAAGAAGGCAUUUGCUACUAUUACAUUUCUCCACACCGGUGAUGGUAUCCGGUUCCGACAUCAGCAUGAGCAAGAACCUGUCUCGACCAUCAAUCUAAGCGGUAAGCCUCAGUACAAAGCAAGGUUGCAUCUACUUGGAAAUGAAGUGUACUGCACCUUAAGCCACAAGAAUCCAAAUCCGUUCCUUCUCAAAUCUCUUGCGAAGGUUGCUGAAGAUCGUUCUCAUAUGGAAAAAGAGAGACGCCCAGAAGAACCGAAAGAUGAUACAGUGGUAUUUACAACGAAGAGUAUAUCUUGCGGCUGCUAUAGGUACAUGGGCAAGAGCCUGGCUUACUUUCCAGAAUUUGUGUGGCCAACGAUCGAAGGCUCGGCGAGAUUUUUGAAACAGUCGCUGUUUAUCAGUUAUCGGGAUUCCCAUGGCUGCAAGAAAGUUGAAAUUCCGUUUCGGAUCAUCGAAAGUCUUGUUGCAUCGGCUGCCUCCCAUACACUCACUUUGACUCUCUGGGAGCCCCCAAAGCUCUAUCAAGUGCACGAUCAGCAGCUUCAGAGCGCCAUGGCACAACUAAGCUUCAAUCGACGUGCGGAAAAAGGACCCGAUAUGAGCCGCCUCAGUGGCUUGACCCAAGAUGUUUACGACCACCAAAGGAUUAUGGGUCUGACUCUUGUCUUUCAGCUCACAGUGUCCGCGUUUGCAUUUGAUGUAUACGUGAAUAGACUAAUCAAACGCGAGACUAUCUCGAUAUGGCAGCGAGAUCUCUGUAAGCCCAAAGUGUCCCAAGAAAGAUCUCUGCGGCUCGAUCAGCAGAAUUUGCAAGCACAGAUCCAAAAUGUCACGAAAAGCGUGCCAUUCAGUGUCUUAUUCCAGAUGGAAGCUCUGGUGCGCAACGGGUAUCUUCUACCGUCGACUGUUGAGGGCCUACUGAAGAGAAUUGCGACGUGCUCGGAGAGCAUCUCUGAUACCGCUAUUAGAAAGUUGUUCGAACAACUACCGUUUCCAGGCCCAGAGGUUGACGCAUCUGUGUUCGACUUAGAUGAGCUAUGGGAUUACUUGUUAGACAACGAGAUCCAAACUAGGGAGGCGCUCUUCAAGCCUCUGAUCACUGAUAGAGCUCUUCAAAAUAUUGUCAUGGUUUACAAAGCUCGUGUAACACCAACUCGAACUACCCUUCAUGGCCCUGAGCCUGAAGCAAAGAAUCGUGUGCUCAGGCGCUUCCCGGAACAUACGAAUUUCUUUCUGCGCGUACAGUUCUGUGAGGAGGACGGUACUGAUCUGCAAUUUAGCACCACUGUAUCAAACCGGAAAGUAUAUGAUCGCUUCACUAGUGUUCUGAAUAAAGGUAUCAGCAUCUGUGGUAGAGUGUAUGGCUUCCUCGGAUUUUCGCACUCGUCUCUCCGCAGUCACGCCGCUUGGUUCAUGUCCACUUUCUUUAGUGAGAAGCAGCUACAGUCUUAUGUCACCAUCAUCAAGUGGCUCGGUAAUUUCGACAAGAUUCGGUCUCCUGCUCGCUGUGCUGCUCGGAUCGGCCAGGCCUUCUCCGAGACCCCUCUUGCUGUUUCAUUAACAGACAACAGUAUAAAAACACGUCAGAUCCCGGAUGUGAGUGUUCGUACAGAUGGCGUGGAACGUGUUUUCAGCGACGGCGUCGGACUCAUCUCACAAACGGCUUUGGAACUGAUACACAAAGCGCUACCCAACCAGAACUCGUAUCCAACAUGCUUUCAGAUCCGUUGGGGUGGAGCGAAAGGCAUGAUUAGCCUACAUACCCGUCUACAAGGCAAUGUUAUGCUUUACCGCCCAUCAAUGGUUAAGUUUGAAAGUCAGGUUACUGCCAACCUGGAGAUAUGUGACCUAGGUCGCAAGCCAAUUGCCAUGAUGUUGAAUCGUCAGCUUGUCAAAAUCCUCGAAGAUUUGGGCGUAUCUUACAACUGGUUCUCGGCGCGUCAACAAGAAGCACUCCGCCAUCUCCGACUACUUACUGCAAACGUCACGAAUACCGUAAGUUAUCUCCAGCACCAGAAAAUCGCAGACAGCAUUGGUUUUCCGCAGUUGAUUCGGCGUCUAAACGAUAUCGGAGCGAGCUACAAACACGACCGCUUCCUCCGCUCUGUUGUAGAGACUCUGAUUCUACGGGAGCUGCGGCUGCUAAAACACAAAGCUAGAAUAGAGAUCCGAGAAGGCGUUACACUUUUCGGCAUCAUGGAUGAGACUGGCUACCUGGAAGAAGGUGAGGUCUUCAUCACUUUCGAGAAGUCGAAGUCCGGCUUCUUAAAGACGUCUUUCCUCGAUCUUGAUAACCAGCAGAUUAUCGUUACCAGGUCCCCGGCACUUCAUCCUGGUGACAUUCAACUUGCUACAAACAUUGUUCCACCGGAUUACCACUCACUCAGAGCACAUCGCAAUUGCAUCAUCUUCUCUCAAAAGGGCCAGAGAGACUUGCCGAGCUGCUUGAGCGGUGGUGACCUUGAUGGUGAUAUUUAUAACAUCAUCUGGGAUCAAAACGCGGUCCGUGAGUGUAGAUAUGUACAAAAGCCAGCAGACUAUGCUCGUGUAACCCCUAUCAGUCUCGACCGACCUGUGACGAAAGAAGACAUGUCUAGCUUCUUCGUCAAAUUCAUGGAGACAGAUCAACUGGGCAUCAUUGCUGUGAAGCAUAUGUGUCUUGCAGAUCAAAAAGAUGCCGGCACUAUUGAUGCUGGGUGCAAGACUCUUGCAGAGAUGCAUUCAACAGGUGUUGACUACUCGAAAACAGGUAUUCCUAUCGACAUGUCUCAACUAAGAGGUCUAAAAAUUGAUCGUCACCGGCCUGAUUUCCUUGCGCCCGCUCCUAUUGCAAAUAUCAAGGAUCGUACCGAGAUCAUAUUUGACGCGCCUACCGCUCCAAGUGCGGAGGUGAAUGCAGACGAAGAAAGUACAGGACCUUCCUACUCAUACUACAAGUCCGACAAAGCUCUUGGACGGCUCUAUCGCGCAGUAGAUGAAAAGAAAGUUUGGUAUGACGAAGUCAAGACUAGUUACAAGCCAGAUGUUGACAUAUGGUCAAUGUUCCGAGACUACGUGUAUGAUGAGCUUGACCACUCGUAUACACAGAUGAGGUAUUCGAAGUCGCACAUAAAGGAGGCCUGGGAAAUUCGUCACGCAUACGAAGGCGGCGUCGCAACCACGACUGCCGACUACUCGGAGCAUGCAUCUAAGACUCUCACCGAGCUAGAAUUUUUCACUGGUAACAUCUUUAACAAAACAGGCUCUCAAACGCCACGCCAACGCGACAAGUCCAUGAAACUCAAGGACGAAUUUGAUCGUAUCACGAAAUGGGGAGCUACCAUGAUGCGUAGACGUAAUCUCAUGGCACUGGAAGAGGAUGAAGAUGAACGAUUUAGUCAAAAGAGUGGCACUGAUGAAGCUUUGAAGUUAUGCCUUGCUUGUUUCGACGUAGGUCGGAUGGACGAUCCGCAGAAACGAAAUGGUAUGGGUGGGAGGGCUAAGAAUACCUGUGAGAGUUUCAAGGUCGUCGCGGCGUGCUGCGUCGUAAAGGAACUUGAUGCAGCUAUAUGGAGAGCAGAAGCUGGCCAUUGAUCACGAUGACGAACUUAAUGAUUUGCUAAAUUCCGUGCCAGACAAUUGGCGUUUCCAUGGUCAGGUUCGGGAAUUUUUUAUGACACCGUAUAUACUCCUGCCUCGUCAUCUGAGGUUCAUGUUGCUCCACUAAGACCGGAAUGAUAUGGAGCCAGACACCAU